GAGGAGAAACACCGACGCUUGGACAAAGAUGUGUGUUCGCAGUUUAAGUUUUCUUUUUACCAGCUUUCACGUCUUUCAUCAGAUAUUGAGUCUCCCAUCAAAUGAAACUGUCAACUUACCACCAGAAUCACCAGGCAAUUUGCUCCUGGGUUGUUAUGAAGAGCAAAACAGUGAGUCGAACUUACAGAGACUCGAUUCACCAACACCCUCGCCCUAUAAGUGUAUCGAGAUUUGCGCGCAUGCAAAAUUUCCGCUGGCUGCAGUGCUCAAGGUCACGGAGUGUCACUGUGCAAACGACAGUGUUCUUCCAAUGAUCAUGAAGUAUCCUUGUAGCUCACCUGCCGCAGUGAGAAACUAUCUACUUUACAAUACCAGCUGCCUUUCUACAGUAUCCGUUAAACUAUAUCAGGGAUUAACGUUCACAGCAUUUCCAUCCAAGAUAACGCCAUCAAUCUCCUCUCCUGUCACUCAAUCAAGUGUGACAGCAGCGCAUUCACUGUCAAAAUCACUGCUUUAUCUCAUUGAUUUUGGAGAUGGUACGAGUAACAAAACUUGGCGAGAGGGAUCAAUCCUGAGACACCAUUACAUCACUCCCGGCGAAUUCAACAUCACUUUCGUGGCUUCUCGUGGUAACUCGACAGUCUUCAUGUUGUCACGUAAGAUCCGGGUGUCCUUCCUUCGAGUAUCUAGUACCUGGUGUCCUCACGUAGAACCACUCACUGAUUUCUAUUGUAAGGCAUAUAAAUUCGGUGGAAGCGGCGUUACCGCAUUGAUGUCACUGGGAAACUUAAAUCAAACUGUAUCAAUUUCCAUCCCAGACGUGCCACGAGUAAUUUUAGGACAUACGGGACCUUCCCUGACCAACCAAUCGGAUGCCAAGAAAAGAGAAGCUGGCCUGUAUUUAUUCCCAUCUCUUCAUUUUCUAUCGAACGUAGAAGUAGAGGCUUGGGAGGUACAUGCUGAGCAGCCUGGUCUCAUCCAUUUACAGGUUAGCUCUCGAUCAGUUAAGUAA